CAACGUCGCGAAAACCAGCUGUCACUCUCUCACCCCUCAUUUAUUCCUUCGUCGACCCCCUCUCUGUAAAAAGAAAAAAGAAAAAAGGGCACCAACCUUCACUCUCUGGAUCUCCAAAAUCUCAGCAAUGUCCAUCUGGAGCAGCUCCUUCAUCAACACUGAGCUCUCCAAGCGCACCUCCAUCUUCGGCCUCCGCCUCUACGUCGUCAUCGGCAUCGUCACCGGCGCCUUCAUCGUCCUUCUCCUAUUCCUCCUGUCCCUCUGCCUCACUGCCCGCCGGAAAUCCAAACCUAGCCCUAACCCUAAUCCUAAAGCAGUCAAACAUCGACAUCAGAAGCAAAAUCAUCAACCGCCGGUUUUCCAAACCCUAACCCCUCCUCUCUCCAAAGAGAUCCUCGAGAUCGAUCCGAGUCAGAAGCAGAUUGAAUUGGAGAACGUUGUUCAGAUCGACGUCGAGAGGGGGGAGAAUAGAGUGGAGAGGAGUGGGGGCCCACCGCAGGUUUCGCAUUUGGGGUGGGGCCACUGGUACACGUUAAGGGAGCUGGAGGAGGCGACAGGGGGAUUAGCGGAGGAGAAUGUGAUCGGAGAGGGUGGGUAUGGGAUUGUUUAUAGAGGGGUGUUGGCUGAUAGGACUAUGGUUGCUAUCAAGAAUUUGCUCAAUAACAGGGGCCAAGCAGAAAAGGAGUUCAAGGUAGAAGUGGAAGCGAUUGGGAGAGUCCGACAUAAGCAUCUGGUCAGAUUGCUUGGCUACUGCGUUGAGGGUGAAUAUAGGAUGCUUGUUUAUGAAUAUGUUGACAAUGGUAAUCUAGAACAGUGGCUCCAUGGGGAUGUUGGGGAUGUCAGUCCACUAACAUGGGAAAUUAGGAUGAACAUUAUUCUUGGAACGGCAAAAGGCUUAGCAUAUCUUCAUGAGGGGCUUGAACCAAAGGUUGUGCAUCGAGAUGUUAAAGCAAGCAAUAUAUUACUUGAUCGGCAGUGGUAUCCCAAGAUUUCUGACUUUGGGCUUGCCAAACACUUGGGUUCUGAGAGGACAUAUGUGACAACUCGUGUUAUGGGGACAUUUGGCUAUGUAGCACCUGAGUAUGCUAGCACUGGUAUGUUAAAUGAAAGAAGUGAUGUCUACAGUUUUGGUAUACUCAUCAUGGAGAUAAUAUCAGGGAGAACUCCAGUGGAUUACAGACGGCCGCCUGCAGAGGUACACUUGGUAGAAUGGCUAAAAACCAUGGUCGGAGAAAGGAAAGCUGAGGAAGUAGUAGAUCCUAAAAUGCCCAUUAAGCCUUCCUCCAAGGUUCUUAAGCGAGCUCUUCUUGUUGCCCUUCGAUGUGUGGAUCCUGAUUCUCAUAAGCGACCUAAAAUGGGAAAUGUUAUCCACAUGCUUGAAAUGGAUGACUUGCUAUUCCGUGAUGAUCAUAAAGUGGGUCAGCAAGCGUCAAGUUCUCACCGAAGUUACUUGAAUAACAAGCAUUUGUUGGCUAGAUACGAAAAUAGUGAAGAUGGAGGCUUCCACAGAAGUGACACUUCGUCAAAUCGGAGAUAAAUCAUCCAAAUAACAUCUGAUUGUUGGAGUUUGUAAGCAUUUUUAGAUAUUUACUCCAUCUCGACCUUUAUUUUUAUUUAAAUUUUAGAUAGUGUUAUCCUUUCAAUGUAUUCUUACCUUUCCCAAAUCAAUUUUUAUUUGUAUAUUCAUUAUUUAUUUCAAACAAUAUUGACGAUCAAAUUACAUGUACAUUGGU